GUGCAAGGACGGGUUGGGUUAGAGUCGUGGGGGGCCGGGAGCAAUGGAAGACGGCACUAAUUGGGAGAAUGAAGUUGGGGGAUAUGGGUGUUUGUGUCGAGUGCUUAAGAUUGAGAUUUUAGUGGCAGAAUCCACCAUGGAUGAAGGCCUGCUGUCCUUGCGGUGGAAUGACCAUGGCCUCGCUUUCUUCAAUAUGCUCUCAAAUAUUAGAAAAGAUGAGUCGUUUUGUGAUGUGACUUUGACCUGUGAUGGAUACUUCUAUCCUGUCCACAAAUUUGUUCUCUCCACAUGCAGUGAUUUCUUUUACCAAAUAUUUGAAAAAACACCAUGCAAACACCCAGUGAUAAUAAUUGCAAAUGUAAGCCGCAAAGACUUGGAAGCUUUAUUGAAUUACAUGUAUUUAGGAGAAGUCAGUGUGUUUCGGACAGAGUUGAAAAGUCUUGUGAAGGCUGCUGAAAUAUUGAAAAUAAAAGGUUUGGCUGAACAGACGGAAAACUCAUCAGUAAAUGAAAAUAAAGAGAAACGUUCUUCAUCUUGGGAAGCAGACCAACCAGAAUCCAAACGGACAAAAUCUGAAGAUUAUUCCUCGGUUUAUACAAAACAAAAGGAAACUGAAAGGUCUGCUCACGUGAAAGAUUCAACCACAAAGACAAGGAUAUUAGACACUGAAGCAUUAAAUGACCAAGAUGCUAAAGGCUCAGAAGUAAUCAUAGAUGAUUCUCUGGACUCAUUGGGAGAGCUUACAUCUGCAGAGAUUUCGGAUUCAAGAAGAAAUGAAUCCAGUAGUGAAUCCAACCAAGACCUUCCAGAGGUUAAGGUUGAGGAGGUAUUUGUAAAAGAGGAAUUUUCUGACUCUUGGUACGACGAAGCCGAGGCAGGGGUUGGCGGGUACCAGUAUGACAGCCCAGUCCCAGGCCUUAACUAUGGGCCGCCUCAGGCUGCUUUGCAAGACAACAGCGCCUCGUGGGACCUGGCCUCGGCGCAGGUGCAGGCCAGGGAAGGCCGUCUGGCAGCGCGUGCGACAGGACCUUCCAGAUUGCAAGGGGAGCAAGCGAAUCCGCCCAGGAAGAGGGCGGGAGGCCGGAAGAAGAAGCUGACUCCUGGCGAGCGACAGAAGCUAAUCCAACUCGCCAGAGCCAACCAGAAUGUGUCGUCCGAGGUGCUGCGAAAACUUUUUAUUCAGCAAAUGCACAUGGACAUCAGCUCUCGCACUAUUAGGCGAGAACUGAUUCAAGCUGGGAUGCAGAAGUUCAGGUCUUCCAGCGCUAACAAGCCUGCGUGGCAUGGCGGGACCGGAGGCGCGAGCCCUCAGUUGGCUGGAGAUGCGCGUAGUAGUGCCGCGCCGAUGGGGGUGACCUUCAUCACUUGGGCCCCAAAUGCAGCGUCAGACUCAAGGUGCGAUAAUGGUAAUGCCACGUUCAGCUAUGGAUCUAAUUAAUAGUCAUCAUGGGCACCAUGAGUGUGAAAUUGCUGGCUCUGAUAUAUAACUUACGGUAUUUAGAGUAGUUCAAAUAUCUUAUGAAAAAUCUAUGCUGUAUCAGCGACUUUACAAAAUAGUUCAAUACUAGACUCUUACUCCAGUAAGAAGCCCAAUGGGACGUCCAGACCGCACAAACAGAAAGCCAGGAAAGACAUAUCUCCCCUGUUCUUUGGGGUCAGAGCACAGUCAAUUUUUGUAUAUAAUAUUAAUUUUAAGACCUCUACCCUCUUUAACUAAAUGCACGAGCUAAUAUGCUGUCAACUGUCAACGUGGCCUUUCAUAAAACUGCAAAAUGAUUUUUAGCCUGCUGCAGAGGGAUACACAGAGAUCUUUGGUUGGGAUUACUGAAAGGGAGCAUCCCUUGGCAAAUUCUGACACGACAUGAGGAAUCUUUGAAGUCCUACUUCCUUUCACUUUAAAUGCUCUAGCUUUUUCCAGUUCAAUUGCUGUAUCAUCUUGUCCCAUCAUGUCAGUUAGAUGGACUGCUAAUUAUAAAGAGCUCUUUACACAAAUCCAUAUCUUCUAAUGGUCAUUUACAGACAUACCUAUUUUUUAUAAUUUACUUUUCUUUUUAAUUUAUAUUUUACCAAUUCAAGAUGUACAAUGUCUCUGCUAGUGAACACUUCGCCUCCCAUUGUCAAAAUUACUUCAGUCUUAUACAAGAAGUUUUCAGCCUAUUAUAUUCCAUUUGGUUUAUUAGGGACCCCAAGACUAAGAAGGGUAUGAAUCCACAGUUGUGUAACGGGGAAGAAGAAGCGGGCCUUCAAAAAUGUUGAACGAAGUCUUUUCGUUUUUAGAUGGGAACAAAAUCCUUUUGCAGAUAUAUUUCUUAAUCUACAUAAAGGAUGCUUUGGAAGUUUUAUUCUGACUCUAAAUAAAUAAAGCAGUUUGUAAAUUUUGCAUAUAAUCGUAUUAGAAUGAGUUCGUGUCCCCUUAAAUGUAUGAUUUUGUUCUUGGUAUAAUACACAACAAUACUGUGUAUCAAAAUGAAAGUGAAUUUAUUGAUUAUUUGAACAGGGCGGGACUACGGAAUUAAAGGUUCGCCGGAUCUGCAAAAUAGGCAAUAAAUGGGACUCUGUAUUUUAAGAAAAGACAAUAAAUGUACGGUAUUUAA